AUGGCAUCCCCCUCUGAACCAAACGACUGUGAGGUUGUAAAUAAUUGCAAGCGGACUGAAAAUGGGCUUUACAAGCCUAUAGGAGACAACAUUGAUAUAUCAUGGCAGUGGAACAGCUUGAAGAAUCCACAUGAUAGGAAGAGAGUAACAUGUGAUUUCUGUGGGGUGACAACUUCAGGAGGAAUUACAAGGGCAAAACGUCAUCAAAUGAAAAAAAAGGGAGAUUGUAAUUCAUGUAGGAAAGUUCCAGAAGAAGUGAUACUAUUGUUGAUGGAAGCUCUUGCUAAGAAACAAGGGCAACAAGAACACUUGACUGAAUUGAAUGAAGAUGAAGAGGAGGAAGAUCAGUUGCAAGAAAUUGUGUCAAUUAAAAGUGGGAAAAGACCUAUAAGUUCAAGUGGGGCUUCCUCUACUCUUCCUAAGAAGCCAAAUGUUAAAGGCCCCUUGGAUUUACUUUUUAUGAGAGAUCCGGAGACAAGCUUGAAGUUGACAAAAGCGAAGAAUCAAACAAGCAUGAUUGAUGCAUGUGAUAAAGAAGCUAGAGCAAGGACAAUCCAAUAUAUUGCUAGAUUCUUUAUUCGGAAUAGCAUUCCAUUCAAUGUUGUGCGAUCAAAGAGCUUCAAGUUGAUGCUUGAGGCCGUUGGAAGCUAUGGCCCUCACUUGAAAGCUCCAAGCUACCAUGAGAUGAGAGUUCCCCUCCUAAAAAAGGAGUUGGAAUACACCAAAAACUUGAUGAAGAAAAAUGUGGAAGAGAGAGGAAAGUAUGGUUGCUCGAUUAUGUCCGAUGCUUGGACGGAUAGGAAGCAAAGGACUUUGAUUAAUUUUCUAGUGAAUAGCCCAGCUGGAUCUAUGUUUGUCAGGAGUGUUGAUGGAUCUUCAUACAUGAAGACCGGAGAAAAGUUAUUCACUCUUUUGGACAGCCUUGUUGAGGAGAUUGGUGAGAAGAAUGUUGUGCAAGUGGUGACCGACAACGGAAGCAAUUAUGUAUUGGCCGGUAAAAUUCUACAAGCUAAGAGGAAGCACUUAUUUUGGACUCCAUGUGCUGCCCAUUGCAUUGAUUUGAUCUUUGAAGACAUUGGCAAGCUUAAAAGAGUUCAAAAGACCAUCAAAAGGGGUAUAAGUCUUGUUGGCUUUUUCUAUAAUCACACUUUGGCAUUGAACAUCAUGAGAAAGUACACCAACAAAUCAGAAUUGGUUAGACAUGGAGUUACAAGAUUUGCCACCACAUUUCUCACUUUGCGAAGGUUGUACACUCAAAGAAACAACCUUAGAAAGAUGUUCACUUCCGAUGAUUGGACAAAUACUACCUUGGCUAAAGUCACUAAGGGGAAAGGGGCAGCAAAUGUGGUUCUCAUGAACACAUUUUGGAAUGACGUUGCUUAUUGUCUUAGGUCUAUGGGGCCAUUGGUGGGUGUCCUAAGGCUUGUUGAUAAUGAAAGGAAGCCGGCAAUGGGUUACAUAUAUGAAGCUAUGGAUAGGGCUAAGGAGGCUAUUAAAAGUGGUUUUAAAGGAAAUGAAAGCAAGUACAAGGAGAUUUGGGCAAUAAUUGAUAAUAGGUGGGAAUGUCAACUUCACCAUCCAUUGCAUGCUGCGGGACAUUUUCUGAAUCCGGAAUACUUUUAUGAUAAUCCGGAUAUGGAUCGUAAUCUAGAAAUCAUGGAAGGUGUCUACAAAUGUAUUGAUGUACUUAGUGAGAAUGAUGAAGUGAAUGAUAAAGUUACGCUUGAAUUGGCUACGUAUAAGGUGGCUGGAGGCUUCUUUGGAAAGAAACAAGCCGUAAGAGCAAGGAAAACAAUGUCUCCGGCUGAGUGGUGGAGGUCCUUUGGACAAAGUACUCCUCAUUUGACGGCACUUGCUAUUAAAGUGCUAAGCUUGACGUGCAGUUCAUCCGGUUGUGAGCGAAACUGGAGUAUCUUUGAGCAUAUUCACUCAAAGAAGAGGAGUCGCCUUGAGCAUCAAAAGUUGCAAGAUUUAGUCUAUGUGAAAUACAACCAAGCUCUUAGAGAAAGAUUUGAUUGCCGUGAUGCCAUUGACCCCAUUGUCCUAGAUGGCAUUGAUGAUAGUAAUGAGUGGUUGUUGGGAGAAAUGGGUGGAGAUGGAGAAGAACAUGCUGAAAAUGAUUUGGUUUUUGAAGAUGAUGACUUAACUUGGGGAGAUGUUGCAAAUGCAGGAGGUGUUGAUGAGCCCUUGACAUAUACUAGAAGGACAUCAAGAAGGGGAAUUGAUGCUGCCACUACAUCUUCUACUACUAGGCCUUCAACUUCAACCACUAGAGGCCGAGGGAGAGGACAAAGAAGAGGCAAGGGAGUGGUGAUAGAAGAAGUUGAUUUGGAGAGUGAAGAGGAAAGUGAAGAGGAAGAGGAGGUGGGGGAAGAAAUCUACCACACGGACACAAGUGAAAGUAACAAUGAAGAGGAUCCCGAGCUAGAAGAAGAUGAUGAUUGA